ACACGUAUCAUCAACUGGUGAUUUCUCCUUCGUCGUCCUCCCGGUCUCAAGUUCUUCCCAUUCUGAUACCCCAUGUUACGGCAAAAUAAAAUCUUGCUUCCUGGACCAUCGUUCGGAGACUUCCAUUCGAGUUAGAUUCUUAUCGAGCAUAUUCCGUUAUUGGCUGUAACAGCCUAGGCAUACUUGGUUCUUUGCCAAUGGAUAAAGCGGUGCCUCCUAGCCUCUUUGCUAAUGAUGGUUCGUUCAUGGAGAAGUUCAAACAGCUUCAACAAGUAAAGGAGAAUGAAAAGGAGAACAGUGCCAAACUAGAGGUGUCUAGACCAAUCAAAAUUAAAUCAGGGUCAUUGACUGCUAAUCCUUCCAUAAAUAAAACAAGUACGGAGUUUAAGAUUAAUGAUACACGCAAGAACCCCCAGUCUGCUUCAGGUGGCAAACUUGCUUUCAGCUUGAAACAGAAAUCGAAGGUUGUGGUGCCUCCUGUCAAGUUAGGUGCAGAUGAGGAUGAAGAUGAAAUUGAUGCUGGAAAAGUUUCAGCUGAUGCACCAAUGAAAAGACAGAAGUUAGAUCAAGCAGAUGCCUCUGAGCAUUCAUCUAGAGAAGGGGAUGUUGCACUACCUUCUCCAACUGAUCCUACAGUGAAGAAAGUUGCUGACAAAUUAGCAAGUUUUGUGGCUAAAAAUGGAAGGCAAUUUGAGCAUAUUACACGUCAGAAGAACCCUGGAGAUAGCCCUUUUAAGUUUCUAUUUGAUGAGAGUUGUGCGGAUUAUAAAUAUUAUGAGUAUCGACUUGCUGAAGAGGAAAAGGCUCUUUCACGGAAUAGGGAACCCCAAACAUCUUAUAAUGGUGGCACAAGUACUUCAGCUACUAAAUCCACUAGCGCUUCACAAAGGUCUUUUCAGAAGCACUAUCAAACCCCUGCCUCUGCUUUAUAUGAUACUGCUGAGGAUCCAAGAGUUCAAACAGCAUCAGCAGGAAGAUCUGGUGAAGCUAGUGCACCAACAGGUGCAGAUCCCAUAGCCAUGAUGGAGUUUUACAUGAAGAAAGCUGCACAGGAAGAGAGAUUGAGACAACCUAAACAGUCAAAAGAUGAAAUGCCUCCACCUGCUUCUCUUCAAGGAGGUCCUGCUAAAAAAGGGCAUCACAUGGGUGAUUACAUCCCACAAGGAGAGCUUGAGAAGUUCUUGGCUACCUGUAAUGAUGUAGCUGCACAGAAAGCUGCCAGAGAGGCUGCGGAAAAGGCUAAAAUCCAGGCUGAUAAUGUGGGGCAUAAGCUCUUGUCUAAAAUGGGUUGGAGAGAAGGUGAGGGUCUGGGGAGCUCCAGAAAUGGUAUUGCAGAUCCGAUUAUGGCAGGUGAUGUUAAGAUGAACAACUUGGGGGUUGGUGCUCACAAUCCUGGGGAGGUGACUCCUGAGGAUGAUAUAUAUGAGCAGUACAAGAAGCGGAUGAUGCUUGGCUAUCGUUACAGACCUAAUCCUCUGAACAAUCCUCGGAAAGCAUACUAUUGAGCUACUACGCACAGCGGAAGCCUGCAUGCAUGUCAAGAUUAAUGUCUUUCGGAGCUUUUUUUUUUUUUGGAGAAAAAUUAUUUAUGGUGAAUCAAAAUUGUAUGGAUUAUGCUUAUUAUUCUUUUGGUAAAUUAUGAAUUUCAAUGCAAUUAUAACCUUUUUCUUAA